AUGAGCGCACGUACACGACGACAAAAGGCCGCUCUCGCCGAAGAAAGCGAGGACUCACCUAAUGGAAAUGGCGCCGUGUUAACACCCUCAAAGCGCUCCCCCUCCAAGAAGAGAGCUAGGUCCGCUGUGCGGGAAGAGGCCAAGGAGAACAUCUUCCUUUUCACUCCUAAUCUCAUCGGAUACACCCGAGUCUUCUUGACCUUCGCCUCCCUAUACUACAUGCCCCUCCACCCUCGAACCUGCUCCUUCCUUUACACGAUAUCUUGUCUGCUGGACGGGCUGGACGGUUAUGCAGCUCGCUACUUCAAUCAAUCCACCACCUUUGGUGCGGUGCUGGACAUGGUCACUGACCGCUGCACAACUGCGUGUCUCCUUGUAUUCCUCAGCUCCGCCUGGCCCCGUUGGUCCAUCGUCUUCCAGGCUUUGAUUAGUCUCGACAUGGCCAGUCACUACAUGCACAUGUACGCGACCUUGAGCAUGGGCGGAUCCAGUCAGAGCCACAAGAAGGUUGAUAAAAGCCGUAGCUGGAUCAUGUACCAGUACUACACCAAUAAGGCCGUUUUGUUCGUCUGCUGUGCCCUCAACGAGGCCUUCUUUAUUGGCCUAUACCUAUUGUCAUUCUCUUCGCCGAUUCUGUCUCCCUCGCUCCUGCAGCCCGUCUCCGAUGGAUCAUCCGCUCAGCCCGGAAGCCCGGCACACCCCGAGCCAGCCAGCCUCUUCGCCAGCCCCUGGAGCGCCGGUGCCCUCGAAAUGGCGCGUGCCAACAAGCUUGAGAGCACCUGGCCAUGGAUCAUCACCGGCAUCUCAUUCCCCGUCAUGGCCUUCAAGCAGUUCGUCAACGUUGUCCAGAUGGUGAAUGCUAGCAAGUGGCUCGCCGAGGGUGACCUGAAGGCUCGCCAAGCCAACCGUAAGAAGUAA